CGGCAAUGGCGGCAGCGAUGACGACAACGACGGCAACGGCAAUGGCGGCAGCGAUGACGACGACGACGGCGACGAUGACGAUGACGACGACGACGACGACGGCAACGGCGACGGCGACGGCGGUGACGAUGACGAUGACGACGACGACGGCGACGGCGACGGCGGCGACGCUGCCGCAACCGUUGUCGUGGUCGUUCACUAUUCUCACUAUCACUGACGACGACAACGACGACGACGAUGACGACAUCGCCGUCGCCGCUGCCGUGGUCGUCCAUUAUUAUCACUAUCACUGGCGACGUCGCUGUCGCCGCUGCCGUGGUCGUCCACUAUUAUCACUAUCACUGACAAUGACGACGGUGACGACGUCGCCAUUGCCGCUGCCGCUACUGUUGUCAUAGUCGUUCACUAGCUAUUAUCACCAGCACUAACGACGACGACGACGGCGACGAGGACGACGUUGCCGUUACCGUUGUCGUAGUCGUCCACUAUUCUUAUUAUCACUGACGACGACGACGACGCUACCGCUACCGUUGUCGUGGUCGCCCACUAUUGUGGUACGAACUGACUACUGCCUCUACAUUAUAACCUCAAACUAUUGCGCGGGAACGAUACGGUGAAUGCGAGUGACCACGAGUGACAACGCGUCACGAUGGAGACGUGAAAGAAACAAGAAAGACAGGAAAGAGACAGAGACAGACAGACAGAGAGAGAGAGAGAGAGAGAGGGGGGGGAGGAGAAAGAGAUGAUGCUCAGAAGUACGCGCGGAGUAAAUUAUCUUAAUCCGUACCAUGCAACGAUAACAACUAUAUUGUCUGAACGUUUAUUUCACUGCGGGUUACUCACGAAUACUCAGACGUACGUGUAAAAAGAACUCUACCAGCGACAAACGGCAUGAAGCACACCGCAAAGAUGCCAUCAGAUGCCAUACUACUAGAGUGGCAGUACACGCUCGCGCGUUGCGGCAGUAGGAUUGUAAUUUUCAUACAAAUUGUAGUACAAUUCAGACAUUCUUGAGAAAAUAGUAAAAUACUUUUAGCACCUAUAGUACCGUUACGAAAAAAGACGUGUCAAGUUGGGCAUGUAGCUCUAUAGUAAAAUGCGUGGCUUAUACGCCGAAAGUUUCCAAGUUUGAUCCCUUAGGACAAUUUUUUUUUUUUGUAAAUCUAGUAUUGAAAAAGAUAAAGAAAUUAAAAAAUGCUGUUCUGUUAUUAAUUAAAUUGAAAUUGAACACAAAACAUAUGUAAAAAUUGUAACACUUAUU